UCAGGGGUCACGGCGGUGUAGGUAGUGGCGGGAAACGCUGUUUCAAGCGGGAUGGAUUUUAAGCGGCGACAGAGCCAGGGUUCUGGGGUGCCCCCGAAGCGGGUCCGAGGGGGCCUCUGGGAUGAGGAUGAGCCAUCCCAGUUCGAGGAGGACCUGGCUCUGCUGGAGGAGAUGGAGGCUGAGAACCCGCUGCAGGAGGAGGAGGAGCUGCAGCCAAUCCCGGAGGGCCCUUUGGAUGGACAGUUCUCCACAGCAGGCAUUGACCCUCGCUGGUUGCGCCCUCCUUUGCCCACCCUGAACCCCCAGAUGGAGCCCCUCAUCUUCCAGCAGCUGGAGAUUGACCACUACGUGGGCUCAGCAGCACCCCUACCAGGUGGGCUGCCAGCAUCCCAUAGCUCCAUACCUGUCCUCCGGGCCUUUGGGGUGACUGAUGAGGGCUGCUCUGUGUGCUGCCACAUCCAUGGUUUUGCACCCUACUUCUACACCCCUGCACCUCCUGGUUUCAGGACUGAGCAUCUGAAUGACCUACAGCGGGAGUUGAAUGGGGCCAUCAGCCGGGACCAGCGGGGUGGGAAGGAGCUGUCCGGACCGGCGGUGCUGGCCAUGGAGCUGUGUACUCGUGAGAGCAUGUUCGGGUACCAUGGGCAUGGCCCGUCUCCAUUCAUCCGCAUCACCCUGGCUCUUCCGCGCCUCAUGGCUCCCACCCGCCGCCUCCUAGAACAGGGCAUCCAUGUGCCAGGCCUGGGCACCCCGAGUUUUGCACCCUAUGAGGCCAACGUGGACUUCGAGAUCCGGUUCAUGGUAGAUGCGAACAUCGUGGGCUGCAACUGGCUGGAGCUCCCUGCUGGGAAGUACUUGCGGAGGGUGGAAAAGAUGGCUACCCUGUGUCAGCUGGAGGUGGAUGUGCUGUGGUCAGACGUGGUUAGUCACCCUCCAGAAGGACCAUGGCAGCGCAUCGCACCCCUGCGUGUGCUCAGCUUUGACAUUGAGUGUGCCGGCCGCAAAGGCAUCUUCCCCGAACCCGAGCGGGACCCGGUGAUUCAGAUCUGCUCACUGGGCCUGCGCUGGGGCGAGCCCGAGCCCUUCCUGCGCCUGGCACUCACACUGAGGACAUGCGCGCCCAUUUUGGGAGCCAAAGUGCAGAGCUACGACCAGGAAGAGGACCUGCUCCAGGCCUGGUCUAACUUUGUCCGUGCCAUGGACCCUGAUGUAAUCACUGGCUACAACAUCCAGAACUUCGACCUCCCGUACCUCAUUUCUCGGGCACAGACACUCAAGGUCGACCGCUUCCCUCUGCUGGGCCGAGUGACCGGCAUCCGCUCCAACAUCCGGGACUCCUCCUUCCAGUCCCGGCAGGUGGGCCGGCGGGACAGCAAGGUGGUCAGCAUGGUGGGCCGCGUUCAGAUGGACAUGCUACAGGUGCUGUUGCGGGAGUACAAGCUCCGGUCCUACACACUCAAUGCUGUGAGCUUCCACUUUCUGGGCGAGCAAAAGGAGGAUGUACAGCACAGCAUCAUCACUGACCUGCAGAAUGGGAACGAGCAGACGCGUCGCCGUCUGGCUGUGUACUGCCUGAAGGACGCCUUCCUGCCCCUGAGGCUGCUCGAGCGGCUCAUGGUGCUGGUGAACAAUGUGGAGAUGGCACGUGUCACUGGCGUGCCCCUUGGAUACCUGCUCACCCGAGGCCAGCAGGUCAAAGUCGUGUCCCAGCUGCUGCGCCAGGCCAUGCACCAGGGGCUGCUGAUGCCCGUGGUGAAGACGGAGGGUGGUGAGGACUAUACGGGAGCCACUGUCAUUGAGCCCCUCAAAGGGUACUAUGAUGUCCCCAUCGCCACCCUGGACUUCUCCUCUCUGUACCCAUCCAUCAUGAUGGCCCACAACCUGUGCUAUACCACGCUCCUGCGGCCUGGGGCUGCCCAAAAGCUAGGCCUGACCCCAGACGAGUUCAUCAAGACACCUACUGGGGAUGAGUUUGUAAAGUCGUCUGUGCGGAAGGGGCUGCUGCCCCAGAUCCUGGAGAACCUGCUCAGUGCCCGGAAGAGGGCCAAGGCAGAGCUGGCUCAGGAGACAGACCCCCUGCGACGGCAGGUCCUGGAUGGCCGGCAACUGGCGCUGAAGGUGAGCGCCAACUCUGUAUAUGGCUUCACCGGUGCCCAGGUGGGCAAGCUGCCAUGCCUGGAGAUCUCCCAGAGUGUCACCGGGUUCGGGCGUCAGAUGAUUGAGAAAACCAAGCAGCUGGUGGAGACCAAGUACACCGUGGAGAAUGGCUACAGCGCGGAUGCCAAGGUGGUCUAUGGUGACACCGACUCUGUCAUGUGCCGAUUUGGUGUCUCCUCUGUGGCGGAAGCGAUGUCCCUGGGGCGGGAGGCUGCAAACUGGGUGUCUAGUCACUUCCCGUCGCCCAUCCGGCUGGAGUUUGAGAAGGUCUACUUCCCCUACCUGCUCAUCAGCAAGAAACGCUAUGCUGGCCUGCUCUUCUCUUCCCGGCCAGACACCCAUGACCGAAUGGACUGCAAGGGCCUGGAGGCUGUGCGCAGGGACAACUGUCCCCUCGUGGCCAACCUGGUCACCUCUUCCCUGCGCCGCAUCCUUGUGGAUCGGGACCCCGAUGGUGCAGUGGCCCAUGCGAAGGAUGUCAUCUCAGACUUGUUAUGCAACCGCAUCGACAUCUCGCAGCUGGUCAUCACGAAGGAGCUGACCCGGGCUGCCGCUGACUAUGCGGGCAAGCAGGCACAUGUGGAGCUGGCAGAGAGGAUGAGGAAGCGCGACCCCGGCAGUGCGCCCAGCCUGGGUGACCGUGUUCCCUACGUGAUCAUAGGAGCUGCCAAGGGCGUGGCUGCGUAUAUGAAGUCCGAGGACCCCCUGUACGUGCUGGAGCACAGCCUGCCCAUUGACACGCAGUACUACCUGGAGCAGCAGCUGGCCAAGCCACUGCUGCGCAUCUUCGAGCCCAUCCUGGGCGAGGGCCGCGCGGAGGCCGUGCUGCUGCGUGGCGAUCACACGCGCUGUAAGACUGUGCUCACGGGCAAGGUUGGCGGCCUCCUGGCCUUUGCCAAGCGCCGCAACUGCUGCAUCGGCUGCCGCUCAGUGAUCAACCACCAGGGAGCCGUGUGCGAGUUCUGCAGAUCGCGGGAGUCGGAGCUCUAUCAGAAGGAGGUGUCACACCUGAACGCCCUGGAGGAGCGCUUCUCGCGCCUCUGGACACAGUGUCAGCGCUGCCAGGGCAGCCUGCACGAGGACGUCAUAUGCACCAGCCGGGACUGCCCCAUCUUCUACAUGCGCAAGAAGGUGCGCAAGGACCUGGAGGACCAGGAGCGGCUGCUGCAGCGCUUCGGGCCGCCGGGCCCCGAGGCCUGGUGAUGGGGUGGGGAAUAAAGUUCAGUUUUUGCUA